UCUGAUAUUUGGUGACAGAGUGAUUCCUAAUUCCCAAAACUGGAAAUGAAUUUUGGUCGGAGAUUUCUGCUCCUGGAAACAAGAGCAGGGGGAGGUAAUUAUUACUAUUAUCAUAAAAUUUUGAGAUAUUAUUAUGCUUCUGGUGGUUAUAAUGGUGAUAGAAUAACACAACUUGAACGUUUUGUGAGGGAUGAGUGCAACUCUGGAAGAAUUAACAAUCUUGAUAAUGGGUUGAGAUGCUUUGACAUGUUGAUUUCGGAAAGACCAUUACCAUCUAAUGUUACAUUCUGCCAUGUAUUGAGUUCACUGACGAAGAUUAGAUGUUAUUCGGAUGUCUUGAGGUUGUAUAAGAAAAUGAGUUUGGUUGGGGUACAACCCAAUAUUUAUACAUUCAAUAUUUUGAUUAAUUGCUGUUGUCAAUUAAGAAAAGUUGAUCAUGGGUUUUGUUGGCUUGGAGAAAUGUUAAAGAGAAAACAUUGAUUUUCACUAUCAGCCUAAUGUUAUCACUUUCACUACACUUAUCAAGGGUUUGUGUCUUCAACAAAACAUUGUUUUUGCAUUCAAAGUGUUCGACGAAAUGACAAAGACGGGUAUUCAACCUAAUGCUUUUACAUGUAAUACUCUUAUGCAUGGGCUUUCUACAACUGGUCAAGUGGGUCUUGCUCUUCAGCUAAAAAACAAGAUGGGGAAAUGGAACUGCGUACCCAAUGUUGUAUCAUAUUCUGCCAUUAUAGAUGCACUUUGCAAAGGAGGUUUAGUAGAUGAAGCUCUGGUUCUCUUCUCCGAAAUGCUUAGUGAUUUGAAUGUUAUACCCAAUGUGGUUGUUUACAAUUCUUUGAUCAACGGACUUUGCAAUCCAGGACGAUUGGAUGAGGCAAAGAGACUCUUUGACAAGAUGGUUAGUAGAGGAAUCUCUGCAGAUGUAACGACUUAUAAUUCUUUGAUUCACGGUCAUUGCCUACAUGGUCAACAGGAAGAAGCAAGAAGAUAUUUUGAUGAAAUGAUGGAUCGAGGGAUUUCACCCAAUACAGUAACUUUUAAUGUCUUAAUAGAUUCACAUUGUAAAGAUGGGAUGAUGGAAGAUGCUUGGGGGUUAUUUGAACUAAUAUGAAACCCAAUCAGAUUACUUAUAAUUC